CAGCAAACUGGCAGCCGGCCGCGUAGCGGCGCUAUACGAUCUUUGGCAGCAGCAGCUAAAACAAAUAACAGAGUCGGUUUCGACUAAUUUUUGACAACUAGACUACAUCAUACUAAAAUUUGAACGUAAUUAAUUAAUUAGCUAAGGGUUUGUAGAGAAAGUUGCAAGUUGAGACUGCCAUGCCUCAUAUGAAGCCAGCCAAGAAAACCCAACCAUUAUGGAAGGAAUGGGAUUUUAAAGCACAGAAAAAGGGCAUUCAUCACACAGUAUAUGAAGUUAAUGGAGAUGAAUACACUGGAGAAUGGCUAGACAAUAAAAAGCAUGGUAAAGGAACACAGAAAUGGAAGAAAAACAAAUCACUAUAUGAUGGUGAUUGGAAGUUUGGUAAACGAAAUGGUUUUGGUACAUUGAGUAUACCAGCAGAGGGAGGAAGCUAUAAAAGAAUUUACUCUGGAGGAUGGAAAAAUGAUAAAAGACAUGGUUAUGGAACUAAUUUUUAUACAGCGGACGAAUAUUAUGAGGGUGAAUGGUACUGUGAUAAGAGGAGUGGAUGGGGAAGGAUGUACUUUUCUGAUGGCAGUAUUUAUGAAGGAGAAUGGUAUAACGAUCAAAGAAGUGGACAAGGCAUGCUCAGAUUAGCAACAGAAAACCGAUACGAAGGAUCAUGGAAACUUGGCAAGAAGAAUGGCCCUGGAAAGUUCUUUUACCUUGACAAGGGGCAAAUGUAUGAGGGUGUGUGGGUUGAUGGCAUACCAAAGUGUGGAGAGAUGGUUGAUUUUGGCAGGGAAGGGGCACCAGAUCCAACCGUUUACCCUAUACCAGAGAUCAAGUUGCUGGAUCCCAAAGCUGUUCUCGGAGAAGCUGAGCAAAUGUUCCUUCAAGAACAAGAAUGAAUGUCAUGUGAUCAUAUUUAUAAUUCUUCUAAAUCUCAAUCACCUUGCCUAUAAUUUAAAGGCACUUAUCAUGAUGCCUAUGAAUUGACUAUUAUUUUUUGGGAGCUGUAGAUUCUUAUUCGCUGUAUAUACUGUAAAGAUUUGUAUAUAUAUUUGUAAAAUAAAUAAUUAGUAAGAGAAUGUAA